UGUUUUGCAGAAAACUAGAGAUGGCACUUUGAAUAUGACAUCUCCAGAAGGCAGCAAAUGUUGAGAAAGAGGAAUAACUUUUGCUCCAUCUAUCUAUCUGCUUCUUUUUGUUCCUUUCUAAGCCAGCUAUAAUCUUCCCAUUACUGAACUUGCCAGUGCAGCCAGCCAGCAUCUACUCUGAUCUUUUUCUGAUCACUCACCCACUCUGAUCUGAUCUAAAUUCCUUUUCCUAUUUCAUCCUGGCAGAGAUAAAAGGAUGAAGUAGUAAAGGCAACCAGAAAACCAAAUUAAAGGAAAAAGAUGUCAGGGGAAAUAGUGGAAAUUGGAGAAGACAGCUCCGAGAGUGCAGAAAGUCAUCAUCAUCACCAAGAUGUUUAUGUUGCAGUUGGGAAGAAUGAUGAACAUGUUGUUCAAUGGGCAAUCGACCAUUUCGCCUCCCCGCGCCCGGGAACACGCAUUUUCCUUCUGCAUAUCUUCCCUUCCCUCUCCUACAUAUCUACACCAGCUGGGAAAUUGUCAAGAAGCCAUUUGAGCAAAGAGCAGAUGCAAGUGUUUGUAAAUGAAGAGAGCAACAGGAGGAAGAGUCUCUUGGAAAAAUACAUUCGCCAAUGCAAUGAUGCCAAGAUUCCAGUUGAUACAAUGCUUGUGGAGAGCAAUGCACCGUCCAAAGCAAUAUUAGAUUUGAUUGCGGUUGUUAACAUCACCAAUCUUAUCAUUGGGAUGCGGAAACACUCAUCUUAUAAGAGGCCCGUGUGGAAAGGACAAGGAAUAGGAGAAUAUAUUGAGAAGAAUGCACCAGAUUUUUGUGAGGUCACCAUUGUUUGUGAAGGUAAGAAAAUGAUGAAUGGAAAAGUGCAAUCGGAGAACUUCCCUUCAUCACUUGGGCCUCAACGGCGGCCGGAGAUUACUACCCGAAACUCGGAGAGAAAAUUCUUUGAAUGUGUAUGCUUUUCAAGCAAGUUCAAUUGAAAAUUAUUAGAGCAAAUGUUUAUAAGUUUAACGACAUUCUCAUAUGUGAUGACG